AUGAGCGCGGCAGACUACUACCAGCAGGACCAGGUACAACCUGCUGCUCCUCGAGGGCAAUAUGGUCAAGACCAAUCCUACAACAACUACAAUGGUAAGGAAGAGUACAAUCAACAAGGUUACCCACCGCCGUCGCAGCCUCCUCCACAGCAGUAUCCUCCAGAAAAUCCACCGUCGUACGACGAACUCUUUAAGAUCGAGAAGCCGAAGUUCAAUGAUAUUUGGGCAGGUCUAUUGCUCAUCGCCGUCUUCCUCGGCUACGUCGCCGUCUCAGGCAUCUCUAUUAACAAGUAUGCCAGUACGAGAGGCUUCAAUGGUGGCAGCAUCUACGGUAGCAGCAACGACUUUGGCCUCGACACAAACACUCUGAUUCUAUUCAUUUUUGUGCUUUGCGUCGCGCUCGCCUUCUCAUGGGCGUACUUUCUCGGCGCGCGUUACUUUACAAAGCAAUUCAUCUGGAUUACCGGCAUACUCAACUGUGCUUUCGCCAUUGGCACGGCCAUUUACUACCUUUACAGAAAGCAAUGGGGCGCUGGUAUCGUGUUUCUUGUGUUCGGUGUAUUCGCCAUCAUUUGUUUCAUCAGCUGGAUUCCGCGCAUCCCAUUCAGCGUGGUCAUGCUGCAAACCGCCAUCGACGUGUCGCGUAGCUACGGACAUGUCUUUAUUGUCAGCGCAGUUGGCGGUUUCGUUGCGCUCGCGCUUUCGGCAUGGUUCUCGGUCACAUUGGUUUCGAUCUAUGUCGCCUACGAACCGAACGGUGGCGGAACGAAUCCAUCAUGCCCUAAAGGUGGUUGCAGCAGUGCCAAGGUUAUUGGUCUCGUUGUUUUUGUCACGUUUGCCAUGUAUUGGGUUAGUGAAUGGCUAAAAAAUACCAUUCAUACCACUAUUGCUGGCAUUUACGGGUCAUGGUACUUCGGGCGUGGUGCACCUCCCAAGGGAGCCACACGAGGUGCUUUCAAACGCGCCACCACUUACUCGUUCGGUAGUAUUAGUCUUGGAAGUCUGAUUAUUGCCCUUGUCAACAUGAUGCGACAGGCCUGUUCCAUCGCCCAGCAACAGGAAGCAGCACAGGGAAGCAUGGUUGGUAGCAUAGCUUUCUGGGUUCUCGGAUGCUUUAUUGCUCUGCUCGACUGGUUUGUGCAAUUCUUCAACCGCUACGCCUUCUGCCAUAUCGCUCUAUACGGAAAAGCAUAUAUACCUGCAGCUAAAGAUACAUGGACAAUGAUGAAAGACCGUGGUAUUGAUGCACUUAUCAACGACUGCCUAAUCGGGCCGGUCUUGAGCAUGGGUUCCGUUUUCGUGUCCUAUGUCUGCGCUUUACUGGCGUAUUUGUACCUUGAGUUCACUCGCCCGAGCUACAACUCAUCGGGCACAUUCACUGCAGUCAUCAUGGCAUAUGCGUUCGUUAUUGGGUUACAGAUCUGUCAAAUCUUCUUGACACCGAUUGGUAGCGGUGUCGACACGAUCUUCGUGGCCAUGGCGUGGAACCCAGAGAUUUUGAUGCGCGAUCAUCCGGAUCUUUACCAUGAAAUUGUGCGACGAUACCCACGUGUUCAGCAGAUGAUCCACGCUUGA